UUAACCACGUAAAGGCUGAAAACUCUGAAAUCUCUGCGCUUUUGUUUUUACUUUAUGGCGCUCUCCUUUUUAAAAUUCACGACGAUUAAAAGCAGAGAUUUAUGAUUUGACAAAAGUGUUGUUUUCUUUUGUAAUAAAAAUGAGAAUGGAUCCCGACGACGAAAAAGUUUACGGCACAAGAAGAAGAGACCUACCGCCAAUUUCACACAUACAGAAACAGGGUCCACGUCCAUUGCCACCUUUGCCUAGCCAAGAUACAACAGACGAAAUGCCAGUACAAAAGAAGAGAAAGAAAAAGAAAGCCAAACAGGAGGAGAGCACGGAUGUGGCUGCAGUUCCUAAAGGAGAUGGUGCAUUCGAGAUGGGAGGCAUGUCCAGUCCGAGACUGUCAGAAAGCCGAGAGCGUUUAACUCCUGAACCUUCUGAAAACCCACCUCAGAGGAAGAAAAAGAAGAAGAAAGCUGAUGCAGUCGAUCAGGACGGCGAUCACGCUAACCUGGUGCUGAACGGUGGUGACAUGGCAGAGCAGAUCUCGGACGAAGAAACGACAUGGAAAUCGAAGAUAAAAAAGAAGAAGGCAAAACCUAAAGUGCCCGAAAAGGAGCUGAAUUAUGACCUGGAUGUGGAAGAUGAUGACAUCAUCACGGGUUCCCAGGCGCCGAUCCCCCAGAAUGCAUUGUUCUCCGCUUCUCAGGGUCAAAGUCAGCCUGUGGCAAAGGUGUUUAUCGAAAGAGGACGCCGUUUUCAGCCUGCUGAUCGUACAGCUCGUCAUGGGACCAGCAAUCAAACGGACCAAAAUUUCAUGGAUGUCCAGUCCACGUGGACCACCAGAGACGUGUCAAUGAGAGUGCACCGUGGCUUCAGGGUGCUCGGCUUGUUCUGUCACGGCUUUCUAGCCGGUUUCGCUGUUUGGAAUAUUAUCGUGCUCUACAUUUUGGCUGGAGAUCAGCUGAGCACUUUGCCCAACUUACUGCAGCAGUACUACACCCUGGCAUACCCCGCACAGUGCCUCUUUUACCUCCUCCUGACCUUUAGCACUGUUUCAGCCUUUGACAGAGUGAAUCUUGCCAGCAUACCGACGGCCAUCAGGAGUUUCCUCACUCUCGAUCCUGUGGCACUCGCCUCUUUCUUGUAUUUCUCAGCUUUGGUCCUGUCUCUAAGCCAGCAGAUGACUAGUGAUCGUAUUAAUCUCCAUCUCAGCGUGAACGCUUCACUAUGGCUGCCUGGUUCAGAACACAGUAUACUGUAUCCCUGGAUCAUUGUUCAUCUGGUAGUCACUCUGUUGGUAAGCUUGGCCUGGGUCCUAGCGUCUACCUCUGCAGAUGUGGAUUACACAGAAGAGUCGUUGAUGGCCAUGAAGAUAGAAUUUCCCAAAGUGGAGGAGAAAGGAAGCGUCACUGCCUAAGCAGCAGCGUCAGAUGAAAUGUUCUGUGUUUGUACUCAUUCUACACAGUGUACAUUUGUAAAUAAAGUUGUAAGAACACCA